AUAUUGACCAGGAUGCAGCGAUUCCUAGUUUAAUAAAGAGGGGCAGCCGGUGCGGGCCACGUGUUUCCUCCUGGCCGUGAUUGGCGGCGCGUGUGAGCUCCACCACCACCACCACGUACUACCAGUUGCCGCCACUUGCUAUCAUCUCAAUACCCUCCUCAAUGGAACACAGCCAUUUUCAUAUUUUUUUUUGUUAUGUUAUGUGAUGUGUGACAGUGUAUGAGACUGAUACUUAUGUGGCUGUACAGUACUCAGAAAGAGAAGAAAAAUAAUGACGGUAAUAGAUCUCAGUGUGAUGAGGGAUGGGAGUCUGCGCGCGCACGUGUCACGUUCAUCUGGUGUGUUGGACUUGGGACCUGUUAGCCACAGCUGAGCAUCCCAGGACUCAGUUCCCGCGUGGAUAUUGACUAAGUGGGAGGCACGAGCCAGGCAACGUUCAGGGCGCCUCAGUGGACUCGACUCCCGAACAUGAUUCAUUUGCUUCACGCCGGUGCAGUUCCCUUGGGCUACGUGGGGAACAUGAGUGACACUUGUAUUACCAGCUGCCAUGAGGGCUGCAUGAGAGACACGAGCUGCCACUGCCUUGCCGGAACAGAGACAUUUCUUCUCCCAGACAUUGUGCUCAGCAACACCCCGCCACCCACCCCGGGUCACCAGAGCUGUGGCUGUGGUGAUGCCCAGCUCACCACAUCCCAGAUGCAUCCUCGGCCCUCACGUCCACUGCUUCCAGACACACCUGAAGCACUACCAGCGAAGGCCACUACCGAGGAAGAAGUUUGCAAGGCACGGCUGACUGAAGUGUUUGAUACAUGCUGCUCACUGCAGAGUCACCUCCCCCACUUCUCUCACCUGACAUGGACCACCGCAGCGUUGAGUAGCCAUGCCCACGCACACACCACAGAAGGAAGGCAGCAGCGAGAGGAACAGCAGUGGCGGCACAUUGGUGGCGACUUGCGCAAGGUCGCCGACCAUUUUGAGCUUGACACCGCAAAGGCAUGGAGGAAAAACAAGCCAUCGUGCUGCCCAAGCCUUCCAGCAGCCGUCAGCAGGUGUGUCGUGGCCUCUCUGAUCUGCCUGGCCUGGUGGAGACUUUAUAACAAACUCUAUUGACAUUCUGAGAUAGAGGAGUGCCUCCUCCUCCUCUAGGAGCCUCAAGGGUAUCUUCAGUCUGUACUGUAUCUCAUGUAGAAAGUCAUGGGAAUCGACAGACGUCGCGUGAGGCAGUGGCCAUCCCAGCACCUGCAGGAUAUCAGGCCUUUGAUUGCACAUGGGACGGUUGUGUUUACCGCAGCCUUGGUGACGUCAGUUAAGCGUCUGCCAUCACGUACAUCUCAGUUGGUACAGCACUAGUGUUGUUUCCAUUAUAAAUUUUUUAGGCUUUAAUAAUUUAAUUGUAUGUUAAGUGUUAAGUAAAACGUUGUGUACAAUUCGUAAUAGUAUAUGCGAUCCCACUGAAACGUGUGUACUCGCAUGUGAGUGAUGUAAAUAUUGUCAGAACCACAUGGGAGUCUUAAUGGGAAUUUUGGUGAUGGAACACAAGUCAUUGUUUGUGUUACAUACCCUUCAUGUCCUGAUGAAUGUCUUUCAGGUCACAAAAAGUCUGGUUAUUUUUGUAACCUUAGCAAGUGCACUAAACAUCUGCCCAAAGUCUUUCAGUCAUUAAAAGAUAAAUAUUUCCAACGAUGAAAUAUAUGUAUAAACUUACUUUUAUAUCUCGGCUGAAAAUAUAAUGGAUUUUAUAGUUUCUAUUUCAUUCUAUAAAAUUCACGUAUAUGUACGAGUACAUCAUUAUUUUUCUCGAUGUUUUCUUAAUAACUCCGUGAGAGGGACUGUGCAACAGGUAGAAAAAUAAAAAGUACAGUUGAGAUAAAAAUAGUGAUUGAAACAUGCUGGAGACAUGAAGGCCCCAUAUGAUUCCUCUUCAAAGUAAUGAUGAAAUUAAAAUGACACCAAAUCCCCCUGAUGCCCUCAGACAGCCUUGAGGGGCACCGUGCCUGCCUCUCCAGCCUGAGGUUUUCGUUCACUGCUUGACUACCGGUCUUUCAGAGGAAGGCUUACCUUCCUCCAUAUAUCUAAGUUUUAAAAUAUGUCUCAUGAACUCGAUGUCACGUCUUUCAAGUUAACUUUAAGGCUAGAGGGGAGCACUUGUCAGGAAAAAAGAAAGGCUUCAAGCCUGUGAGUGGAAGACGUAAUAACAUAUGCCAGCUCAGUUUUUGUAACAAGAACAGCAUUUUAAUCAAUGUUUGGCAUCUAAUGUCUUCAUUUAAAGAUUUUUCUCCUCAUCAUAUAUAUAUA